CAACAAUAACAUUGUCAUUCAAGGAAUACUAUUGAGUCAUGAAGGCUUACUGUUGGCAUAGUGCGGUCCUCCUAGGCAUGGCUGUUGCGACCAUUGUGGCACAGGAUGAUCUGAAGGUGGACUGUGGCCGUGACUCAGUCACCCUGAGAUGGGGGGCGGCCCAGUCACAGAUGGACACCUCACUACUCCGGCUGGGAGACUGUUAUCCAAGUAGUAUCUCUGCUGGGGAGGCCAUGUUUCAAGUGGAAUUCAGUGACUGUAACUUCAGUAGACUGGUGACUGGGGACACAUUGAUGUACAUGAAUGAGCUGAUCUAUAUGUCUGGUCCUAAAGCUCAACUGAAGUCUUUCUCUCAUCCAGUGGUUUGUUCCUAUGAAAGGCCUGCAGACUGGGCGCCUGGCAUAUUUGACCCAGUGUUUCAUACGUAUGGUGAAGGAGAUCUAGUCUUCCACAUGGAACUUAUGAAGGAUGACUUCUCUGGACCACAUCUGUCUCGGGAAUAUCCCCUGGGCUCCUUCAUCCACAUCUCUGCAGCAGUGGAGCAGAUGGUCCAUCAGCCCUUGCUGCUACUGUUAGAGGAGUGUGUGGCAACCACAACACCAGAGCUGCAGUCUGAGGGCCCGGUGCACCCCAUCAUCACCAACAAGGGAUGUCUUGUCGCUAGCAAGAAUUAUUCAAAGUUUGAACCAAGACAGAGAACCUCUGAAAUCCGUCUGUCUCUGCAAGCCUUCAAGUUCGUCGUUGGCAAGGAAGUGUAUAUUCACUGCAGACUUUUGGCUUGGGACCCCAGUGGCCUUGACACAAGCAAGAAGGCCUGCCACUAUGUGAAAGGGCAUGGUUGGGUGCUCCUUGAUGACCCCUACCAUAGUACCCUCUGUGGCUGCUGUGACUCCAGCUGUGAGCCCUGGAAGACAAGUGGAAUUGCAUCAGGGAAACAUGGGUCAACUCAAAGUGCUGUUCUUAUUGGACCACUUGUCAUCACUGACAAUUCACCGGCCUGAGAAGAUUGACUGGGUUUGCUUUAUCCCUGCCCAAUAAUAACAUUUGAGAGUUUAUUGUUGGACUUGCAUUAUUUCAUUGGCCUGUACAUCAGUUCUUGUAUUUGUUUCAUACCUGAACCUGAGGCCAGAUGUGACUCGUGGGAGGCCAUCUUGCAUGCCUGACUCUGUAGUGUCAGACUUGAUUUGAAAUAAAUGUUUAAUACUUACA